GCUCCUGCAAAGUUAAAAACAGACUUUGUUUAUCUUGAAGGCCGUUUGCUGAAACCCAACCCGACCAGCAAGCUUCCCCGUCGACACUUUAUUUUCACCGUCUUUCCCGCUGACACAUCGCUCCUUCGCUCUGUAGCAUUUCUAAACUCACUGUCAUCAUUUGAUUCCCCUUUUGGAGCUCUUAAUCAGGAACGGUGCACCACGAGUGAAAAGAGGAAAAUACGCUUUAGGCAUCUCCGUUUUUCCUAACGGAUCUCAAUCUGUUUGGACAACUCUUCAAUACACUAGUGCAGGCUUGCAGAAUUAUUCGAGGGGGACCUCCUGCCACUGAUUGCAGCCCAGCACCGUGACUGUGAGGAGGGUUUUUAACCGAGCACUUGAAGAGCGCCAUGGCGACCCAAGUGGAUGUUUGGUCCUCCGCACCGCAAGCCGACGGUGUGGUUACUUUGGAUCACCAGCCCAAGGCCAGCUGUCCCUACAGUGAUGAUGAUGAUGGACUGGAUGAGGUGGAGGUCAAUGGCAACUGGACACCCCAAGAGAAAGCACUCCACGAGGCCCGCCUCAAAGCCAAAGCCAAGCGUCGCCUGCGUAGGUCCUCGUCCCGCAACUCAACAAGUGAUUCCGUCUCAGAGUCGGGCGAGACGCCAGGAGGUGACCCGCACGCCGCGAAGGGCAAAGUUCACAACAAUGACCGCAAGUCGAGGACAGGCAAAGGCAGAGGCCUACCUAAGAAAGGUGGGGCAGGUGGGAAAGGAGUUUGGGGAGCUCCAGGCAUGGUUUACGAAGCUGAAGAGCCGGAUGUACGGGACCCCAACUAUGAUGAAGCUGCUCAGGGUGACACUGUUUAUGAAACAGUUGUACCGGAGGUAGAAGAGAAGGAACUAGAAAAAAUGGUAAACCCAAUCGUACUGGAGUACUUUGAACAUGGAGACACAAAAGAGGUUGAGGUGUUGCUGAAGGAACUCAACCUGGGGCAACAUAAGUACGAGUUUACCUCUGUGGCUGUGUCCCUGUCCCUGGAAGGGAAGGCCAGUCACAGGGAGCUGACCUCCCGCCUGCUGUCCGAUCUGUCGGGGAAGAUGCUCACACAGGGUGACAUGGCCCACGCCUUUGAUAAGAUGGUGAAAGAGCUGCCGGACCUCAUUCUGGACACACCAGAGGCCCCUCAGAUGUUAGGCCAGUUUAUAGCCCGAGGCAUAGCCGACCACGUCCUUCCCAUGAACUUCCUGGAUACUUACAAAGGGAAAGUGGACUGCGAGCACGCUAGAGUGGCUUUAGACCGCGCUGCAGUCCUUCUGUCAAUGAAGAAGGGCAUGAUUGGUCUAGAUAAUGUGUGGGGUGUUGGUGGAGGUUUGAGACCCGUUAAACAUCUCGUUAAAAAGAUGAACCUUCUCCUCAAAGAGUACCUGAUAUCUGGAGACGUGUCUGAGGCGGAGCACUGUCUGCGGGACUUGGAAGUCCCUCACUUCCACCAUGAACUUGUCUAUGAGGCUAUAGUGAUGGUGCUGGAGUCAAAUGGGGACACUGCCAGUCACAUGAUGAUGAAACUUCUGCAGUCCUUCUGGAAAACAGGCCUCAUCACUGUGGAUCAGAUGAACAGGGGCUUCCAGCGUGUGUAUGACGAGCUGCAUGAAAUCUGCCUGGAUGUGCCCCUUGCCCACCCCAUCAUGGAGGCCUUUGUGGACCUCUGCUACCAGGAGUCUGUCAUUACCAAACAGCUGCGGGACGCUUGUCCUUUCAGAGGGCGCAAGCGCUUUGUAAGCGAAGGAGACGGUGGACUGAUCAAGAACUAAUCGCCAGGUGGAAAAGCAGGAAGAGGAGAAGGGUUGUCUACUGCCUCCUGCACCCAGUUUCUGCCUCCAUGUGAUUCCCACCCUGGAACGUUCCUCUCCUGUUAAUGUCAAUUUACAAACCAGCAUUCACGUCAAACAGAGGAGCUGCCUGGUCACUCGGCUCCCUUCAUGUCUUUAAUUACAGUUUUUGGAAGAAUAUUCUGUAUCUCUGGGGUUGUUGCGACCCUCCUGGCUUGUUCUUUGUACCUGUUAGGAAAAAUUCAAGCUAGAGCGGUGGGAAAACUGGUGGAUAGGCCUUAAUUGUGGUGGGGGUAAAUAGUGAUUUUUUGUAAAUUUUUUUUUUGCCACGUGUUUUUCAUGCAGGCAUUAAUAAUGAGGGGACAGAGCAUACUGUAUAGUCGGCGAGCUCAGCGGCAAAGAUCUAAAUCUGCUUAUCCUCUGCUACAGACUCUGAAAUAAUUUCAAAGAAAUUGUUCUCUGUACAUUCUUAUUUUUGUUUUUCUCUCAGUUCUUUAAAAACGGAGCCUUUUUUGUUUCCAUCUUGGUCACAUAGACCACGUGUUUACUUUGAAAAGCAUCUGUCGCAUUAAGAUGUGUUGGGUCACUGUUUAGUUGAAAUCUGCAUUACAGCAAAAUAUACAUUAAUCACCAUCUCUGAAAAGCAAAACGAGCAGUUUGGGGUUAAUUUGUGUAAAAGAUGGUUAUGUGAAAACGAAGCAAUCAUUAUUUAGAGGAAUAAAGAUCUUUGCUUGAAGUUACAUAAUGUAAACAGUUAUCUUGGUCAGCGGAUGAAUCUGAAGAUGCAGAUUCAAAGACUAGGAAAAUGUUCUCAAACUAAGCUGGAAUUGGUUUAAUACCUGAUUGAACGUAUUCCAGCCUCUUCAUACCUUGUGAUACAGUUUGUCAGACUUUUCUACCCCCUGUCAAACAUUUUACAUGUUGACCAAAGUUCUAAAUAUUUGAGUUGAAAUCUUUCAUUCAAUAAAAAAUUACAAUAAAAUGGG